AUUAUUUUUUAAUUUUUUAUUUCUUUUUAGAUAAGAUUUAUUGAAAAAAAUCGAGAUUGUCUUUUGAAAAAUGAGUUAUAAUUAGUGGAAUUGACAUAUUUAUUAUACAAUCGAAUCUUUUAAUUAUGAGACAAGCUAUUUUUUAUUUUUCUCAAUUAAGAUAUUAUUAAGUAGGAUAGCGCAGCCGUUACUCAAGAAUUACAUCGCAUAUUAUUAAUUAGAAAUAUAUUUUAUAAAUAACCGCUGUACGUACACUGAAUUUCUAUUACAGAUUUACAAGAGUAAACAAAACCUCCACUCAAAAUCCUUAAAAAAUUCCAAAUUUUGAGAAUUCGUUCUAUUUGCAAAUCAUGCAAAUAAAAACGCUUGUUUGAUAGGUUGAUAAGUUCGAUUGUUAAAUACGACAAUGGCUGAAACUAACGCUAGGAGAGAAGCAAGGAGACGGCGAAUAUUAGAAAAUUCAGAAAGUCGCCUACGCAGAAUUACAGGGAGAGUUAGUCCGGACGGAACCAAUGAUAAUUUACAAGUGGAAAGCAACAGUCCUAAAACGGAUUUGAAUUUUGAAGAGGACAAUAUCAUAAAUGGUAUAUGCAACAUCCCUACUAUUAAUACUACUAGUAACAUCACUACUAGUAACACAACAUUGCAAGAUUAUAUGAGAUUCAAUGACAAACAUGAAAACUUUUUAAAUGAUAUCAACGAUAAAAAUGUAUCUUUACCUGAGGAGCAACCAUCUAAGACAAAAUUUAUGUUAUAUACAUUAUUACUCCAUCGUAUCAAUUUUGUCUUGUUAGCUGGGAUUGUCAAUAUUUUGCUAGUGCUGAAACUCGGCAAUUUAUUUGGGGAGGCAAUUAUUAUACCUUGUUUAUUAUUGAUGGUGGGACGUUUAUGCAACUAUACAACAUUAUACGAAACACGAGACGGUAGUUUAUUGGUUGCCACUUUGAUGUUGUGCAAUAUUAAGCCCAGAUUAAUUUAUAUAUUUAAAGUAUCAUGCACGUUAUUCACCAUAAUACUUAAUGAUUUCUGUUUAUAUAUGUUUAGUUUUAUAUUGAUGCGCUAUGGUAUUAUUCGUUACUAUUACUACUAUAACCCUAUAGUAUCAAGAAAUGUAUAAUUAUUUAUGGUGUGUAUUGAGUAAGUAAAGAUAAAGUGGAAUUCUGGGGUGUGUUGAGUAAGUAAAGAUAAAGUGGAAUUCUAUUGUUGAGAAUUUUGUACAAUAGCAGAAAAUGUUAUUGGGAAAAAUGUAAAUUCUGAUGCAUAUUACAUUUAAAAAUAUGCAGUUACAUCGAAUUUUUUUUACGUCUUUAGCAGGUCGUGAUUCGUGAUUUUGACUGACGAGGAAGCAUGUACAAGUGUUAUUUAAAGACACAUUAAUUUUCCUAAAAUACAAAUGUAAUUUAUAAUAAAUAUAAUUUUAAAAUAAAUUUUGUAAAUAGAUGUAAUGAUGUGAUGUCAUGUAAUGUCUUUAUAACUCGUAUUUAUGUCAACGUUGUAUAUUCACAAUGUUUAAGAUUUCUUAUUAUUAAAGUUGUUUCCAUUUUUAAGUGCUUUGAUAGAAUUAUGUAAAACAAAGUACAAUUGAUAUUACUAUUAAGAAUUGCGUAAUCAACAUUCUUUCUCUAUUUUAUGAAAACAUAUAUGUAAAUACAAAAACUAAGUAAGAAAC